AUGCAAAUUCCAAAACCUCAACUUGGCAAAAGUCAAUAUGCAACUAGUGUAUCAUCAAAACAAUGUGUUUCAACUAGCAAAGAUUUAAUUACAGACAAUAGAAAUUGGUUAACAGGUAAAACAGUAAGAGCUUGCAUGUGUUUAAGAUCAUGGUGGAUUGGUCCAUUGCAAAAUGAAUUAUAA